CAGCAAACCCGGAAGUGCGCAGGAGUGAGACAUCUCGCGCCACCCAAAUGCUCUUCGAUGUUAAACCGGCACGUCGGGUGAGAUUCUCGGCACAGCAUCAUCAGCGCUGACGUGGGAGCUACGUGAGCGAAGGCCGUCCAACCCGACUGUCAUUAGUGACGAGUCAGACUACGUAAAACUUCGGUAAACAUGGAUACGUCGGUUUCGUCUCAGCUGGACAGCAGUUUGCAGGACUCUGCGACAGGCGGCGAGGAGAACCUCAGUGAUUCCAACGGAUCUCCUUCAUCUUCUCCGCAGGUUUCCUUGGAAACAGAGUCUACUGUGACUGUAGUUCAGCUGCCUGAUGGUCAGACUCUACCGAUCCAAAGAGUCAUCCAGGCCCCUCAGACUUCUGUUAUUCAGGCGCCCCAAGUCCAGAAUGUUCAGAUUACUCCUGAGAUAAAGUUGGACGGAGAGCAGUCUGUUGCAGACACGCAGAAGAGACGGGAGAUUCUCUCCAGGCGUCCCUCCUACCGAAAAAUUCUAAACGAGCUGUCCUCAGAUUCACCGGCGGUUGCUAAAAUCGAAGAAGAAACGGCAGAAGAUGAGGUGCCGGCCUCCAGCAGCCCUUCCAUUUCUGUGCCAAACUCCAUCUACCAGAGCAGCUCAGGGCAAUACAUUGCUGUCACUCAGGACAGAGGAAUCCCACUGACCAGCCCUGCAGUAGAAGCCCUUCAUGGAGUCCAGACCCUGACUGUCACCAACUCUCCCACCUCCCAACCCACGGCCACCUUCCUGCAGGCUGGAGAAUCCCCACAGCAGUUCUACAUCCACGGGGGGCAGGUGCUCAUCCAAGCUGCUACCGGAGACAUCCCUGCCUAUCAGCUGCGGUCGCCUAACUCCAGCCUGGCUCAGAGCAUUGUGCUGGCCGAGUCUCCGAGCAACAUGCAGAGCCCGUCGUCACAGCACGCCGAGGAAAUCACCCGCAAGAGGGAGGUGCGGCUCAUGAAGAACAGGGAGGCGGCUCGCGAAUGCCGCAGGAAAAAGAAGGAGUACGUCAAGUGUCUGGAAAACCGCGUGGCGGUCCUGGAAAACCAAAACAAGACCCUGAUUGAGGAGCUCAAAGCCCUGAAAGACAUUUACUGCCACAAAGCUGAGUAGCAGCAGCUGCUGGUGGUGGUCACAGACUAAAGACAGUUUAAGAGAAAACAAACAAAAAAGACUCCAGAACAACAAACAAACAAACUGUUUCGAUCUCCUUUUGUUUCUCGGCUCACUCAGGCCUGAUGUUCGCCAAAUUCACAAGUGUAGUGGAGAACUCAGCUGGAGCUCGCCACUUUUGCUCUCGUUCUCUUUGCAUGUGAAGAGUGUCGUACACUGAGCUCGCUGUCAUGCACGUUGGGGAGGGGGGGGUGUUCGGCCAAAAGAAGAGGAACAGGAAGUGGAGAUGCAGGUGCUUCCUGAAAAAAGCCUCUCUUGACGACAGAAAAAAAGAGAUAUUGGGAAAAGGGUCAGAAGUUCAUCAUCAUCAUCAGAGGAGGAGGAGGAGGAGGAGGUGCAGGCCAAGCUCCAGUCGCUCCAUCACCAGCUGCAAAACUCCACCUGAGUUUACCUGUUUCAGUGACAUUCGUGCUUCUGAGUUUGGUCAUUCCCUUCAUGUGAAAGCACAACUAUGAAAAAGUAUCAACAUGUAAAGAAUCUCCUAAAGUGGUUUGAAGAUGCAUUUUUGAAAAUUACCAGAAAAGAUUUAGCAUAAUCAGGAAUCCUUCAGGCCAGUGAUAAAGACUUUUAUUUUUAUGACUCACGAAACACAUUUAUUUAUAAGGAGUACAUCUUUGCUCUGUGAUAAAGAAUACUAUCACAAUUAUUUAUACUUAAUUUACUUCCAAAAAUCCUAUUUAUAUAUCUGCUAAAGAACAUGCUAUAUUUGAUUAACUUGAUCAUCAAAGAAUAACUUUAUAUCAAAAACUGUAAAUGAAAACAUCUUAUCAUGUGAUGUAAAGCCCCUCCUUCAGUUUUAUUGUCUGCUUUUGAAAAUAUCUGCUUUGACAAACAUAAAAAAGAUAACUGUGUUUGACUAUAUGGCUCCAAAUGGAAAUGCUCUGUUUAAAGGGUGAUGCCAGUCUCUUAACUUUUUGUUUUUAAUGCGAAGAAAUCUUAAUUUCUGCUGACUUUUUCUCUUGUUUUUGAUGAGUUUUUUUCAGUGUUUAUGCUUUAAUAAAUAUAUUUUUUCCCAACUUAGGCUGCCAAAGUCCCCGUAACCGUCAACUAUUUAAGAACUGUAGGUCAUUACAGUGGAAAUCCAUUUUUCUCUCGUUUAGCCAAAAACCUGCUGUGGUUUGUGUUUAAAGAGGAGACCUUGUUCUGCUUUACUGUAUUUUGUUAUGAAAAAUGAAAGAACUUUAUAUAUUAAAGCCAUUUAUAUGUUCUGCAUUUAAUUUUUACUCCUCAAAAAAGAAAAAAAUAACCAAACUUCUUUGUCUUUAUGUUUUCUUCUCAGUGGACUUUCUUGUCUUAAGUGUGAAACGAUUUUCUUUAUCCAAUAAAAAUGUUUAAAUUAUCA